CAAAGGCCUCCCAUUUGAGUGCUCGGCGGCGGAAGCACCAACAUGGCAGCGGCAGCCGCGGCGGUCACCAACAACGGCGACGUCGCCUUGCGGGCACUCGGCGGAUACACGAAAAACGCGUCUGUUGUUGGUCUCGUGUAGCUUCACGAGUUUAUUCCCGAUUUCCAAGCCAUCGCUGAUUUUGUAUGAAUAGCACCGGCUACCGGGAGAAGUUCGAACCGUUCUGGCUGCUGAACAUUUGCUUGACAAACCAGCUCCGGUUAACUACGGCUGGUUGCUUGAGCAGUGAAUUGAUCGUAACUCGGUCCCACUCUGUGAGCAAGGUUUCAAAUUGUCCUUCUUUUACCUCUGCUCAGUAUUAUGUAAUAAGGCCUUUUUGUGUCGGUCAGUUUUGUUUUUUUUUUUUUUUUUGAUUGUUUGAUAGAUAUUUAUGAACUGCUCCAGAUGAUGUUAGCGUGCUGUUAUAUUGCGUUUUUAUACAAGUAUUGAAUAUGAAUGGCUUGUAUGAUUGCAACAUGGUGAAGUCGAGCGAGUCGCAUUUGUCUUGAUACAAAACCGUCCAGUGCUGCCUGCUGUAUGGAUGUAAUGAACCCUUUCCGGCCAGGGGAUGCAAAUCUGCAACGAGGUUGAAUGUCAUUGAAAAUUUCAAGUCCAGAGUAUCAUUUUCUGAAAGUAUCGGAUUUUUCUCUCUGCAAAAUUUUCUUUGGUCCAGAGAGGUUUAAGACUUUAGUUUUAUGAAAUCGUGUUGCACUCCUAGUCAUACGUCUUCUGUUCUUCCGUUAGCGUACAAGAAAUUCUUCUUCUUUUCCUUUGGGCUCGUCCCAUACGGGGUCGCCACAGCGUGUCAUCUUUUUCCAUCUUAGCCUAUUUCGUGCAUCCUCCUCUCUGUAACACCGGCUGUCCUCAUGUCCUCCCUCACAACAUCCAUCAACCUUUUCUUUGGUCUCUCGCUCGCUCUCUAGCCUGGCAACUCCAUCCUCAGCACCCUUCUACCGAUAUCCUCACUCUCUCGCCUCCGGACAUGUCCAAACCAUCGGUCUGCUGUCUCGAACCUUGUCUCCAAAUCCACCCAACGUUGGCUGUCCCUCUAAAGACUGCGAACGUCAUGGUCCAAGGGGAUUCCAGUCCGACCUUGUCUGUCAGCCUGUCCAUUACUACGGCAAACAGGAAGGGGCUCAGAGCGGAUCCCUGAGGCAGUCCCACCUCCACCUAAAAUUCUGCUGAUCCACCUACGGCACACCUCACCGCUAUUCUGCUGCCCUCAUACAUGCCCUGUACUAUUCUAACACAUUUCUCCGAACAUCACCUUUGUUCUUAAAAAUGGGAACGAGCAUACUUUUCCUCCAUGCGUCUGGCAUCCUCUCUCCUGCUAGUAUUCUAUUGAAUUAUUCAAUCCAACAGUGGAGUUUUUGACCAAAAUAUUCCAAUAUUUCAACAGCCACCUCUCCAAAUUGCUUCCAUACCUCCACUGCAUGUCGUCAGGACCAGGAUUCGGGAGAAGGAAACGGAGAGCUGAAGAAAGCGCGCGGUCACGACGAUGCCAAGGCGCCGCGGGCGUCCGACGCGUCGCCGCAGCGACGUGACGAGAUGUUGCGGCUCUACAAACUCCACAUGCCUGAGGACCUCUACCAUUUCUGGGACUUCUGCAAGGAGAUUUGCCCGGACGACCCCUGUGGUGCGCUGAAAAACUCACUUGGUUUGCAGCUGGUGGGUCCUUUUGAAAUCUUGGCCGGCGCUCAUCGGAACUGCAAGAACGCUUCCCCCGACUUCCACCUGCACUGGAGGUAUUUCUACGACCCACCAGAGUUCCAGACCAUUCUACGAGGCAGCCAGGAAAGCCAGCAUCAUAUCGGCUACUACAGAGACAAUCCCGACUCCCUUCCCUCGUUUGUUGGCGAGAAUGAAGCCAAGAAGGGUUGCGCCAUAACACAGAUGGGAGACAACGCCUUUGCUGCCGUUCACUUGUUCCUGCGGAGGAAAAAGAAGGAGAAGGGCGGGCAGAAAACGGGCGGAGAAGAUUUGGACAUCCUGGAGGCAAAACUGAGCGAGCGAGCCGAGACGCUAAACUUGUCUCUGGAGCAGAAGAGCAAAAGCAUGAAGCAGCGGGACAAGAAGGUGGUGACCAAAACGUUCCACGGGGCCGGAAUUGUCGUUCCCGUCGACAAGAACGAUGUGGGCUACAGAGAACUUCCAGAAAGCGACGCCGCGCUGAAGAAGAUCUGCAAGGCCAUCGCCGAAGCUCAGAACGACGACGAGCGCGUCCGAGCCUUCGGUCCGCUGCAGGAGAUCAUCACUUUCGUCCAGUUCGCCAACGACGAGUGCGACUACGGCAUGGGCUACGAGCUGGGCGUGGACCUUUUCUGCUUCGGAUCCCACUACUUCCACAAGGUCAUCAAGCAACUCCUGCCCCUGGCCUACAAUUUACUGAAAAGGAAUCUGUUCGGAGAGAUUCUGGAGGCGCAUCUGGGCAGCCGUAGCCAUGACAACCUGGACCAGCUCUCAUCCGGCUAAAUUAGUCACCGGCGGGUAACGCUUCCCCUGCCGCGCCGUCUCCCGUUUUGUACCGCUGCUGCUUUUAUGCUCAGUUUCCGUUCAUUUGUUUUUCAGUGUCAAAUAAAGUAUUUUUUUAUAUUUUUAACGUG